AGGUUUCCACUAAAUAACGAGCCGUUUAGUCGACUCUCGAUGCUGAGGAAAGUGAAACGCGACACGCUAAACGCCAAUUGACAAACAACGCUAAACAUUAAGCGUCAAACACUACUUGUAAACGCGUCGUAACUAAAAGCAAACAAAAAAAAAGCAAAAAUAUUGUGUAUCGAGUAGCGAGCGAAAAAAAAAUAUAAAAGAAAUAAUAUAAAUAAAAAUUGAAUAAAAUUUAAAGUAAGAAUUUUAUUAAAAGGAAGAUAGAUAAAUAAAAUAAUACCAAAAAUUUGAAGGCAGUGUGUGCGCGUUUUCUUUUACUGUCCAACUGAACAAUUACUAAUACAAGAAACAAAAAAAAAAAUAGCAAACAAUUUUAUUUUCAAAACACCAAAACAGUAUUAAAAAAAAAAAACAUAAUUCUAAUUCUCUGCCUUUCAAACUGCCGAAGUUCUUUAAAAGCAAAAAAUAACAAUAACCAUUUCAUAAGAUAAAUAUAAAUAAAACAAAAAUAAAUUAAAAAUGAAGCAGUUAAGUGAAACAGUAGGCCAACCACAGCAAAAUGGCAUUGCCAUCGCAACAAGUACACAGCAGCAACAGCAGCAGCCGCCGCCAUUGGCAUUACAGCGCCAUUGUGCUGAGGAUUUAGCAAGUAACGGCGAACAGAAACAGCAGCAAACGCCGCAGCAGCAGCAACAGCUGAUGCAGUCGCCUACAAACAAAAGUGGCUUGCAAUUGGCAUUAACGGUAAAUGGCAGUAUCGGCAGCAGCAGCAGCAGCAGCAGCAACUUUUUGGCACAGAACGGCAAGAAUGGCAGUGAAAACGGCCAUGAACACUGCACAUUUCAUCAUGAUCUCGAAUUGGAUCACAAACCGCCCACACGUGAGGCGCUGCUGCCAGAGCUAUCACGCUCCUAUCGACUUUUGUUGAGCGGUCUUGGUGAGAAUCCCGAACGGCAGGGUUUGUUGAAAACACCGGAACGUGCGGCGAAGGCUAUGUUGUUCUUUACCAAGGGUUAUGAUCAGAAUUUGGAAGAUGUUCUCAAUGGUGCUGUCUUCGAUGAGGAUCACGAUGAAAUGGUCGUUGUAAAGGAUAUUGAAAUGUUUUCUAUGUGCGAACAUCAUAUGGUACCAUUCUAUGGCAAAGUAUCAAUUGGUUAUUUGCCUUGUAAUAAAAUUUUAGGACUUAGCAAAUUGGCAAGAAUUGUGGAAAUCUUCUCACGUCGUCUACAGGUGCAGGAACGUUUGACCAAGCAAAUUGCCGUGGCCGUUACACACGCUGUACAACCGGCUGGUGUUGCUGUCGUUAUUGAGGGAGUUCACAUGUGCAUGGUCAUGCGUGGCGUACAGAAAAUCAAUAGUAAAACUGUCACCUCAACAAUGUUGGGUGUCUUCCGUGACGAUCCCAAGACCCGAGAGGAAUUCCUUAAUCUUGUGACCAGCAAAUAAACGCGCACAAUGGAAAUAAAGAAGGAAGGAAAAAAGGAAAGCUGCUAAACAUUCCAGUGAAACGAAAAAUCAUGUACACAGUGGGAAAUUUUUUUUUAACGAAUGCUGCUUAUACAUACAUACCAUAAACACAAUAUUUAAAGAGAAAUAUAUAAAAUUAGUUAUAAGGUGCAUAGUGUUUAAAAAAUAUAUAUAUGUAUGUGGUGAAAACAUACAAUAAUAUUUUUAACCGAAAACUAACAAAAAAGAAAGCCGAAAAGAGAACCGAAUUGUACUUAAAUUCUAGAAAAAUUUGGAUGUGUAAGCAAAAAUGUAAAAAA